AUGCGGCGAUCAUUCCUACUUCUACUUGUUGUGUUAGCAGGUGCCUGGGCCGUAAACACAACAAUCCCUCUGAAGCUGAUGGGAGGUUUUACACCUAUGAAAUAUCAAUGUGUUGGUAGAGUUUCGGACAUUUGGGCGGAUGUGCUAUUUCUGAUCGAAUCAUCCGAUAUGAUUACAAAAUCAGGAUUCCGUCAAGUCAUCGCAUUCAUUACGGCGACGACAAAGAAGAUGACAAUCGGUCAGGAUGAAAAGCAGACACGAGUUGGGUUCAUCACAUACGGGGAAGAAGCAAAACUAAUCUACGAUCUAGAUCACUGGAGGUCAACCGAGAAGCUCAGCGAUUUAGUGCAAAAAAUCCCAUACGUAAAAUCCUCUGGAACAAAUAUUGCAGCAGCAAUUGCGCUGGCUAACAAGGUAUUCAACUCACCAACACAUCGACCGAACGUCCCGAAAGUGAUGGUUGUUGUCGCUAAUGGAUUGAAGAAAGGUAGUCAGAAUCCGAUUCCCGUUGCGACCGCAUUCAAGGACUUUGGAGGUAUUAUAAUAACAAUAGAAUACACUCAAUACGAUAACAUUGAAGUGCCAAUUUUGAAGAAAAUUGCUAGCGAAGGAUACAAUAUUAGAAGCAAUGACGAAGAUUUCAGUGUCAGAACGUUAACGAACAUGUUGUUGCAGGCAAAUUGUUUCUGUCCAGACCAUUACAUUCCAUUUCGUGCAAAUAACCCUGAAUUUGGUUGUUUCGUAACUGCAAAAAUUCCAUCAAUGUGGAGGGAUGCAGCUGAAAUGUGCCGCGCCGUUGAGGAAGGGAAAUUAGUGAAAGUAGAGAAUGAGGAAAAAGCUGCAUUCAUCAUGAAAUUGGUGGAACCGAAAAAGGAAGCAUGGAUUGGAUUGAGGUACUAUGGGAACAAAUUCCAGUGGACAGAUGGCACUAAGCUCAAUGCAGACGACUUCAACCUGUGGCCCGAAGAUAUAAAAGAAUUGAAUGGACCUCGUUGUGUAUCUAUGUACCAGGAUCAGAAGGACAAGAAGUAUUAUUGGAGAGCCGGUAAUUGCCUUGAAGAUAUGAGAUAUGUAUGCGAAGUACAGCCAUGCAGUGCAUCCAACUACUGCUCGGAACCAGUGUUCAUGUAUCGUCAGAAGCAUCGCGCUCUCCUACCAGCACCACCACCACCACCACCAAACUAA